AGUGCAAGAGGAGAGAAAUAACCCGCGAAAAGAAAGCCCGCGAAGCGGUGCAGUGUUUCUGUGCAGCAGUGUUCGUUCCCCUCUCACGCCAUCAUGCCGCGGGAUUACCAGGCCGACAAAGAGAAAUUCAAGACUUUCCUGCAGGAGUUUUAUAAGGAUGACGAGCUGGGAAAGAAGCACUUCAAGUAUGGGGUUCAGCUGGCUAACGUUGCUCACAGGGAGCAGGUCGCCCUGUACAUCGACCUCGACGACCUGGCGGAAGAGGACCCGGAGCUGGUCGACUCGAUCUGCGAGAACGCCAGGAGAUACACGAACCUCUUCGCCGACGCUGUCCAGGAACUGCUGCCUCAGUACAAGGAGAAAGAGCUGGUGCUGAAAGACUCCUUGGACGUCUAUAUAGAACACAGGCUGAUGCUCGAACAGCGAGGGAAAGACCCCAAUGAGCUUCGGGAUGCGCACAACCAGUACCCUUCCGAGCUCAUGCGCAGAUUCGAGCUUUACUUCAAGGCCCCAAGCAGUGCCAAGGCCCGCGUGGUCAGGGAUGUGAAAGCGGAGUCCAUUGGCAAGCUGGUCACCGUCCGGGGCAUCGUCACCAGGGUCACAGAGGUGAAGCCUAUGAUGGUGGUGGCAACUUACACGUGUGACCAGUGUGGUGCGGAGACCUAUCAGCCGAUACAAUCUCCAACCUUCAUGCCUCUCAUCAUGUGUCCCAGCAAAGAGUGUCAGACUAACCGGUCCGGCGGCCGGCUCUACCUGCAGACCCGCGGCUCCAAGUUCAUCAAGUUCCAGGAGCUGAAGAUACAGGAGCAUAGCGACCAGGUGCCAGUCGGUAAUAUUCCUCGCUGCAUGUCGGUGUUCGUGCGAGGGGAGAACACGCGUUUGGCACAACCUGGAGACCAUGUUGGCAUCACAGGAGUCUUCCUGCCCAUGCUGAAGACCGGGUUCAGGCAGGUGGCGCAAGGACUACUCUCCGAAACGUACAUGGAGGCUCAUCGAUUGGUGUUGAUGAACAAGACGGAGGAUGAUGAGUUGGGAACAGAGGAACUGAGUGAAGAGGAGCUGCAGCAGAUCACAGAGGAGGAUUUCUACGAGAAGCUGGCAGCCUCCAUCGCCCCUGAGAUCUACGGCCACGAGGACGUGAAGAAGGCGCUCCUGCUUCUGCUAGUGGGUGGCGUUGACCACUCUCCCCGUGGCAUGAAAAUUAGAGGAAACAUAAACAUCUGCUUAAUGGGAGAUCCAGGAGUAGCCAAAUCUCAGCUUCUGUCCUACAUAGACCGUCUGGCGCCACGCAGUCAGUACACCACGGGCCGCGGCUCCUCUGGGGUUGGUCUCACGGCCGCCGUGAUGAAGGAUUCGGUGACCGGAGAGAUGACCCUGGAAGGUGGCGCGCUGGUUCUGGCAGAUCAGGGUGUCUGCUGCAUUGACGAGUUUGACAAGAUGAUGGACACUGACAGGACAGCCAUUCACGAGGUCAUGGAACAGCAGACCAUCUCCAUCGCCAAAGCUGGGAUUAUGACCACGCUGAACGCACGUUGCUCCAUCCUCGCCGCCGCCAACCCUGCCUACGGAAGAUACAACCCCAAGAAAACGGUGGAACAAAAUAUCCAACUUCCAGCGGCCCUGCUUUCCAGAUUUGAUCUACUGUGGCUUAUCCAGGACAAACCAGACAGGGACAACGACCUCAGGCUCGCCCAGCACAUCACCUAUGUCCAUCAGCACAGCAAACAGCCGCCUUCUCAGUUCCAACCCAUGGACAUGAAGCUCAUGAGGCGUUACAUCACAAUGUGCAAGCGCAAGCAGCCCGCCAUACCAGAAUCCCUGGCUGACUACCUAACGGCCGCCUACGUAGAGAUGAGGAAGGAGGCGCGGACCAACAAGGACACCACUUUCACGUCCCCUCGAACCCUGCUGUCUGUCCUGAGGCUCUCCACUGCUCUGGCCCGGCUGCGUCUGGAGGAUGUCGUAGAAAAGGAGGAUGUGAACGAGGCCAUGAGGCUGAUGGAGAUGUCCAAAGACUCUCUGCUAGGGGACAGAGGGCAGACAACCAGGACGCAGCGGCCGGCUGACGUCAUCUUUGCCACGAUCCGUGAAAUGGUCCCGGAGAAAGGUGCCCGGAGCGUGAAGUUCUCGGAAGCGGAGCAGCGCUGCGUGUCCAAAGGCUUCACGCCGGCGCAGUUUGAGGCCGCCUUGGAAGAAUACGAGGAACUCAACGUGUGGCUGGUAAACCAAGCCCGCACCAAGAUCACCUUCGUCUAGCACUCGCCGCACUCUACACGCCGGCCCUCGGAUGUUCUGUCCUCGCACGCUAAGCUCUCUCCGGUGUACGGCGUUCCGCGCGCUCUGCUGCAUGGAGGUUCAUGCGAAGAAACAAGUUUUAUUGUAAUUUCUGCGUAUUUGGGGUAAAACCUUGGACUCUAAUACUGCCCCUCGCCCUAUAAAUCAUUCCUGGAUACGGGACGUCGUAGAUCAGGGAUUUUUGACUUUUGUAGCUCAAUAAAGACUCUUUAUUAGUAAAAAAAA